CGAGCGGAGCUAAGUUCGAAGCGAGAGCAGGUGGCGUCGCUGAUGGAAAAUGACCAACAGCUGCAGCUAGAGCUGGCCCGCAUCAAGCAGGACCGCGAGGAGCUGGCAGCGAUGCUGGAGCAGCAGUCAGUGGAGCUGGAGGCACACCGUGUGAAGCUGAGCGCGGUCGAGCGCCGUGCCGCUGAAGACAAGGCGGAGUGGGAGGCCAAGCGCAUCGAGCUGGAGGCAUCGGUGACGGUGCUUACGGCCGACCGUGCUACGCUCAACGACAACCUUGCACUGGUCAAGAGUGCACUAGCCGCAGCCAUAGUUAAGGCAGACACGGCGGAGGCUCGAGCCGCAGAGGAGGCGACGGAGCGGGCGGCGCUGCUACGUGAGCGUAUUGACUUUGAGAACCAAAUCGAGCUGGCUGAGAGCCGCUGCACACAGCUCGAUCAGGCGGCAGCGGCGGCACGCGAGAGGAUGGAGGCUUUGGAGGCUGAACUAUCCGCCAGCCGGCAGCAGCACGAGGCAAAGGACGAGCGCAUCGCACACCUCGAGGGCGAGUUUAGCGCGCUCAAGGAGGUGCUUGGCGAGUCUGCGAGCGCCGCUGGUGAAACUGGCAUGGACAUCGUGACGAAGCUGCUAUCCAAGAUCGCAACACUCCAGAGUGCUGCUGCGGCUGCUGAAGCCGUGCGUCGGAAGCUGCACAACGAGCUGGUGGACUUGCGCGGCAAUAUUCGAGUCUACUGUCGCGUAAGGCCGCACCACUCGCCAUCGACGCGCAUCGGCCAAGACGGCGCGUCAAUCACGUUGGCGGCGGACGGCAAGGAGCACAAGUUCUCGUACGACCGCGUCUUCGGUGCGGACAGCACGCAGGACUCGGUAUUUGCGGCGGUUUCGGAGCUGGUGCAGAGCUCCCUGGAUGGCUACCACGUGUGCAUCUUUAGCUACGGCCAGACCGGAGCUGGCAAGACGCACACCAUGCAAGGUGGUGACACGCCCGCGUCACGGGGCAUCAUCCCCCGUGCGGUGGAGAAGAUCCUGGCGACAGCUCGCAAGCUGGGGGAGGAGGCGGAGUGGCAGUACACGAUGGAGGCCUCCUUCAUUGAGAUCUACAACAACCAGCUGCGUGACCUGCUUUGGGAGCCAGAGAAGAAGGGGGACAAGCCGCAGUAUAUCAACGACCCCAACGCCAUUAAGCACGACUCCGACGGCGGCCACACUAUCGUGCAAGGCGUCAAAAAGGUCCCCGUGGAUGACAUGGAGGGCGCGUUAAAGCUGAUUCGGCAGGCGUCUGCUGCCCGGGCCGUUGAGGCGACCGCAAUGAACAGCGCCUCCAGCCGCUCGCAUGUCGUGUUCAUGCUGUACAUCACGGGCAAGCACGAGGAGAGCGCCACCCGACUGCAGGGCUGCCUGUGCCUUGUCGACCUUGCUGGAAGCGAGCGACUGGACCGCUCCCUGGUCGAGGGCAAGGCCCAACUAGAGGCCCGUGCCAUCAAUUCCUCCCUGACCGCGCUUGGCUCGGUCUUUGAGAAGCUGUCGGCAAAGUCCAGUCACAUUCCCUACCGAGACUCCAAGCUCACGUACCUCCUGCAGCCAUGCCUCGGAGGCAACGGCAAGACGCUGAUGUUCGUCAACAUCAACCCUGAGCCGGCAUCCGCGGGCGAAAGCUUGUGCUCCCUGAGGUUCGCCCUCAAGGUCAACGGCUGCGAGUCGUGCGCCAAGGGCGGUGCGCGGAAGAACACGAUGCCCCUUCUUGGCGGUGGCGAUGGUGGCGGCGGCGGCGACGGCAGGGCCAGCAUGGCAAGCGACGCAGGUACCGUUCGCCGGCAGUCGAAUCUCCCGCGGCCCCCGACGACUAUAGCUGGCGCAGGUGCUGCACGGCAGGGGCGCGCGGGUCCGUCAAGAGGGGCACCCCUGGCGGCGACAGGGCAGAAGCGGUCCGCUGCUGACGGGCUGGGAAACCCAAACAAGCGCCCCAGAGGAGGAAAAUAGUCAUUGAAUUUGGUGCAUGAGAUGUGUAUAUGGUGUUGCCUACAUGGCGCUUACGGUUUAACUGGGUUUAACUGGGUGGCCUGCGGGUAUGUUUCUACGAUUAUGCAGAUCGGAUUCCGUACGGCUUCCCUUCAUUCACCGCAAUGACUCUUGUAUGAGCAUCGCGAGACAUCAACCAUUGCUGUUCGUUUAUAUAAAUAAGCGCAUAUGGCGGAUUAGGGCUGAACUGGCAUCUCGACCGCUUUGCGGCCUUGGGACUUUGGGGCUUGGCAGGAUGUCCUUGUUAUUUUCGAACACCGCCCUAGGCGUUCCUGCAGCUGGUAGCUCAGGACCGAUCUUAAACACGCAGGUUAGGGCGUUAUGUGGGUCAGCUUGCACGAGUUGUUAUCGUCGACAGGUGUAAUAUCUGAGAAUUUCCAACGCAGGCUUUGACACCAUGCCAUUUAAAGCAUCAAUGGUUGAUAGGAAUGCUCGGACCGUGUCCUCUGCGCCGCCGUUCACCGCGAAAGACGCAAAUUGUUGCUGUUGUCUCACGCGCCAGUACAAAUUCGAUGGCAUUGGGAGACCAGACAACGUUGGAAGGUAGCAGGAGAGACGAAGUCGAAUUGGGCCACGCGCAAGCUGAGGACUAUCUAGGGUUAAAUGAUAGCCCAGGCGUAGGGAUAGCAGCAUCGGCAUCGCACCCUCCACAGCGACAACAAGUGGAGCUUGUCAGCAAGCCACAGCUCCGUGCACGCGCGCGAGCACCCCUUCCGCAGAGCCCGUCCCGGGGGGCUGCUGGACAACCUGGAGCAGGCCCAGCGCCUGACGUCCUUCCACCGCCGCCUCCGAAUCUCCAGCAGGAGGAUGUGCCCUUGGGUGCCUACAUGAAAACUAGCAUCGUAAGGAAGGUGACUCGCAAGCUGCAGGAGCGUGCCGCACAGCUCGCAGAUGUGAUCCCAGGGCCUUCAGCAAGCGUCGGUGCUGGCAUCAUUGACAGCCGCACAGGUGUGCUAAUGUCGGACGCGCCCCUCGCGCCUCGUCUGGGAGAGCGGAUGUCGCAGCUGCGCAUAGCCCAGAUGUCGCAGCAGAAGAGGCGGCGGAAGACUGGCAGUCACAGCAUGGAAGACGAUGGUGACGUUGUGUACAACGCGCUGUACGGCACCGCGUUUUCCCAUCCCGCCGCUGGGGGUCCAUCUCCCGCCGCUGCAUCUGCAGCUUCUGGCGGAUCCCCAGCGGGUAGCCCGAAGUACGGCCACCCGCCUCUUGGCUCCUUUGACAGGGAACCCCCAUCUCCCCCAUCCUCUCCGGGGCGGCAAUCACUGCGAGCUCUGCCUCCACCAUUCACGCCUCAAUCCCCCUCGCCUGGACCAGGUAUUCCCUUUCCCUGGGUGUUCCCCACCGCCUCUGAUUCCACCGCCACCACCACCACCGAGCCCUUCGCUACCCCAGCCCGAGCUGCCCUCGCAUCGUCUGCGCAAGCCGAAGCAUUCACCGCUUCCAACCGCCGACCCAUCCGUGCCGAACUGGAAAAGCUCAUACGCGCAUGCGCCGAUCUGGACGCCCUGCGCAGCUUGUACGACAAGUACGGCAGCUGCAUCGUACGGCAGGAGGCGAUACUGUUUAUCAGCCACCUGGCCUCGCUGCAGGAGCCCACUACCAUGACUGUGCGGGUGUGGAGUGCGACGCAGGCGCUGCUGGUGGAGUUGCUGCAACGCAUCACGCCCAAGCUGGACGUACUAACCAUGCAGGAGUUUGUGGUGAUCCUGGCGGCUGUCUCCAAGCUGGGCUACGUGCCGCCGGAGGAGUGGAUGGCGGCGGUGCUGGUGCAGAGCAAGCCGCGACUGUACAACGCAUCCCCCUCCUUCCUUACCACCACCCUCAAGUCCAUGGCCCGCAUCUACACCGACCCCUCCGACCUCAAGCAGGCCGCCGCUUGGGACGCCUGGAUGAGUCGGUACCUCACGUCCGUACAACGGCAACUGGCGUCGUACCGGGGAGAUGAGCUGGUCAAGACCCUGGUGGCGCUGUCCGAGCUGCGCUACCGCCCGCCCGCCGAGUGGAUGGCUCGGCUGUCCACCGCACUACUCAACAAGAUGGACUCGCUGGGCUCCCACUCGCUGUCGCAGGCCAUGCUGGCCUUCGCCUCCCUGCGCUACCAGCCCGAGCCGCCCUUCCUGCGCGCCUACUACAGCUGCAUGCACUCGCGGCUGCCGCUGGCUGAUGACGGCGACCUGGCCACCUUUGCGCAGGCGGCCGCGCUGCUGGAGCGGCUGGUGCAGCAGGACUUCAUGCUGGAGUUCCUGGCCGAUGUGUUGGAGAAGCUGCCCACCUUCGCGCCCGCGCACCUUGCCAACCUGCUUAACGCCAUGGGCCGUCUGGCCGCCCCGCCGGCAGGCCGCAUGCGCCCGCCGGCCGGCUGGACGGCGGCGGUGGCGGACCACCUGAUCCGCGCGCGCCGGCUGGGCAGCUUCAGCGGCUCAGCAAUGGCGUCGGCGGUGUGGGGGCUGAGUGUGCUGGGGCUGAGAGCCACGCCUGCGGUGGGUUGGGUUGGGUUGGGUUGGGUGGGUGAGCGCGGAGCUUGAAGCUCGUUGCCUCGUCCUUGUAUAGCGACUUUGUUGUCGUGGCGGUAUACCGAAUGCCCGUAAGGCCGUAACCAGCCGUUUUGCUAGCCCCCGCCUCCUCAUGCCAUCCAGUCCCGCAUGGCGCCAGCCGCAACCCCAUGCGUCCACACCGCCCACCCCCCACCCUGCUUCACCCACCACCACCACCACCACCCACCCUCAUGCACGAUACCAUGUUGUGCACUUGUGCUGUGUGGCCUGUACUGCAGUUCCUGGACGACGUCCUCUCCGCCUCCUACGGCAAGCUGCACUCCUGCGGCCCCACCGACCUCAUCCUGCUGCUCACGGCGCUGGGCAACCUGGGCUACUCGCCUCCGCCGGGGCGGGAGGCCUUUUGGAACGCCUGGAUGACGGAGUUCGAGAAGCUGACGGCGCGCAAGACGUACGACACACGCGGCGUGUGCGACCUCAUGGCGGCGAUGGCGCGGCUGCCGCGACCCAUGGUUCCGCGGGAGAAGGCGGUGGAGAUGGGGUGGGUGCCUGUGCCGGCGUCGUCGGCUGCGGGUGCUUCGUCGCAGCUGGGCAUAUUUCAGGUCGCCGAGGGCGAUGGCAACGGCAGCGAGGGUCAAAUCGAGGAGCAGGGAGGGCCGCAGGUGCAGCAGCAGCAGCAGCAGCCCGUGCUCAUUCCUCGGCCGCCCAAUGAUGCGUUCGUGGGGGGAGUGCUUCGGUCCACUCGCAUGUUCAGUCUGCGUCACACCUGCCCUGCGCGCUUGGCGGGGCUGGCGGGCUCGCUGGCAGUGCUGGGGAUUAAGCCGGACUUUGGAUUCCUGUACAACUAUGCGCAGGCUGCUCGCUUCAUGUGGAGCGCCUUCAGCACUCGGGACUACGCAACCUUGCUGGGAGCCAUGGUCCACAUCGGCACCCCAGGUGUGGCGGACCCGCGCUGGGCGGACGACUUCCUGGCCAUCCUCAUGUGCCGCCUACCCGACUUUGACGGCCCCGGCCUCGCCGCCAUCCUCACCGCCAUUCGCCACCUGCCCAAACCCGAGUUCGCACCCGGCCGUCAAUGGCUGGCGGCGGCGGCGCAGCGAACGGUAGACCUCAUCCGUUCGCCGCCGCCGCCACCGUCGACGGCGGCGAUGGUGCCGCGGGCCGCAGUUGUCGUACCCGCUGCUGAUACGUCGGCGGCGGCGGAGGUUGCCGGUAACGAAGGCGGUGACGGCAGCGGCGGCGGCGUGUUGAUACCCACGCCGGGGCCCCUGGUGGGGACGAUGUCGUACCGGGCUGGCGGCGUGGUGCCUAGCGGCGGCCAAGUGGUGCGGUCUCCGGAGGGCCGGGCGUUCGUGGCCCCGCCCAUGAACCCGCUGACGCCGGAGAUGUUGAAGCAGGUGGUGGCGGCACUGGCGGCGCUGGGAUACCGUGCCGUACCUGAGGAGCCGUUGGUGCGAAUCGUACGGAAUGUGCUCAUGCGCAAUGCUGCGUUGGUACAGGCGCAAGACCGUGUGGCAGCAGGUGCAGCAGCGGGACCCGUGCCACCGUUGGGCUCACUGCUCCUGCCACAUCAACAGCAGCAGCAGCCACCACAAGCGCCGCAAGCACAGCCCUCAAACAUGGCGGCGGCAGCGGUGGCGGCGGCAGCGUUCGAGCGUGCCAACGCAGCGGCGGCGGCCGCUGCUGCCGCUGGCAGCGAAGCGCCGCGGCCGUUGCUCAGCCCCGCUGCUGCUGCGGAGCUGGAGUCCUCGCUUGCCGUCAUGCUGGGGCUGCAGGUGCCGUUAAGGCCGCCGUCGGCGACCGCCACUGACUUGGGGUUGCCUGUCGGCGCCGUGAGGACACCGGAGCAUCUGGCGAGGCAGGAAGCGGUGUGGCAACAGAAGAUGGCGGCCAGGAAGAAGCGCUCGGAAAGCAGUGGCAGUGACGCCAAAGCCAAUGAGUCUUCAGACGACCGUACCAGCGAUGACCAGGUGGCGCGCAGUGCAGGCGCCGGUACGAGUACUGUGGGCAGCAGUAGCAGCAGCAGCAGCGGCAGUAGCAUUAAGCAGCGGCAAGGAGCGAGCCGCUGGAAUGGCCGCGGGCGUGCAGGCAAGUGGAUUGCGCCGGGGCGAGGAGCGGAGGAGGCGAAAGGAAAGGCUGCGCAUGUUACCGAGGGAGCCAGUGGCCAGCAGGGGCCCGUUGAGAAGGGCACGAGGCAGCAAGGGCGAAGCCACAGGGGCGUGCGGGUUCACAGAAGCGGCGCCACGGCAGGUAGCGGCAGCAGGAGCAAUAGCUGUGAUGGUAAGAGUGGGUAGGAGUAAAGUGCUGUUGGCGCCGUUUGCAGGGUUCACCAGGGGCCCUGCGUGAUGCAGUUGAGGGUGUCUUGCUAGCAUGGAGCUGCUGGUGCUGCUGUCACUGCUGCGAAUGCAAGGGCAAUGGCGGUGCAGAGCGAGUGUGUGCGAUGCGAGGCUCCGUUUUUAUUCUGUGGGCUUACGCGACCGUCGCCGAGGGCUUUACUAUAGGUAGUAGAUGGCAAGCAGCGUCCUAAGUGUCUGUAUCUUGCGAUAAGAGCGGAGCAGCUGCUGUUGCUUCUUUAGGAACGAGGACAGAGCUAUGUGAACUCUUCGAGAAGUGUGGGGUUGCAGGGGUGAGAGCGCAGCAUGUGUUUGUUGAUGUGCCGUGGAGGCGUUCCCUGGCCGAAGCGCCUCACUUACGUGUAUCGCUGUUGAUGUGAUGCCUGGAGCCAAGCCGCGGUUGGAGCAACGGUGGCAGUGCGCAGCGGUUGGAAGUGUUGUUACCGUGUGUGGAAGUGGGGAUAGGUGACUGGUCGGCGUUUCUGCGUCUAGGGUUGUCUGGCGGCCCUACUACCGGUAGUGGCGAGGCGGGGGCAGGGACACGCGGAAGAACACCGGCAGAGGUGGUGUCUAGGGGUCGUGUGUCGAGUCGGGCCCCUAGGGCCGACUCGACGUGAUGCAGGAUGUGAUGGAUGCAGGUGCGGUGCAAGGCAGCGCCCGCAUGUGAGCGUGGGCGUGCACCCGCGGCGGUGAAGUCUCUUCUCCUGUAUCCCCUACGCAGGGUUGAGGGGUUGCUACGAGGGGCGGGACCUGGGGACACACCCAC